UAAACCUCUUAAAGGGCUUAAGCUAAUUAAAUAUGAAUUACUUUCAGUUUGUAGUGCUGGGACUAAAUAUACAAUAUAUGUACAAAAGUUUUUGUUAUAAUAUAUAGAAAACAGGGAUGCUUUGUUGUUUUUAAAUGGUUUUUGUAUGGCAGUGUUGAUUAACUGUAAAAUUGGAAUAUGAGAAAGAGAUUAUCAUAUGUAAAUUAGUUAAGAAGACAAAAUUGAAAACAGAUUUAAACGAUAAAGUGUUCCAGUAAAAUUCGGUGGCAAGGGAAGAGAUGAGUAUUGUUGGAGGAUUGUAGGAUGAGAGAGCAGACGGUCUGUUGGUGAGAAUGAUCGAAGUGUUACAAGAUGUACAGGGUUGGUCAGCAGAUGCCACGUGUCCUUAUCCUUCUAUUCAGCUUGUCCAUGAUGUCGAUGUUGUAUGUGGCCAAGUUCGGAAUUUACAUGGACGGACAGUUUCGGCACGAAAGAAGUAUUGAAUUCUCUAGCAAGCAGCCGAGCGACAUUGAUCUUCAUAGCAAGUAUAAAUCGGAGGUGCAGAAUCUACAAGAAAAGAUUCGUAUGCUUGAACAUAUAUUAGAGACGACCGAUAGGAAAGCUCAAAAUCUCUCAAAUCAAAUUUCACACCAGUCGUUAAUGAUACGAUCUUUACAGGAGUUUAAGAAUAGCUCAGACUUGCAAAAACCUACCUCUGACAGUGUCGAUACAAAUUAUUCAAAUUAUGUUCAGAGUAAAGUAAAAAAGGCGGAAAUAUUGCAUGGGGUGGCUUUAAAAUCUGAAUACGAAAUUAUUCCAUUCACAAAAUUCACGCUUAAUAAAAUCUUUUUAGUAGAGCCUGGAUUAGGAAAACGGGUUGUAGAAAAACCGAUUGGCUACAAAAGGAAAGAUAUAAAUGAUGUAGUGACAUAUGCAGUGAAUGAAAUGAAUAAAAAUAGAACAAAAAAUGAAAGGAAAUUUAAUAUCGAGGAUUUUAUUGAAGGUAUGUACCGAACCGAGCCCAUGACUGGGACGCAGUAUGAGUUAUUUUUUCGUGAAAUAGAUCAACCUCAAAAACAUGCGUAUAGAAAAAUGACAUUGAUGAGACCUUUUGGUCUACUUCACAAUGUAGAGUCUGGUCAGAAAAAUACAUCUCAAGUAUGGAUCAAUCUUAUUUUACCUCUCUCAGGAAGAAUCGAAGCCUUUCGCCAGUUCAUGACUCGCUUCGUGAAAGUGGUUAUAAAUCAGGACAGGCGCGUGUAUUUAACUGUCGUAUAUUUCGGGCAAGAAGGUUUUAAGACGGUCAAAGAUAUCAUGACUUCAACGGCUAAAGAACAUAAAUAUAAACACAUGAAACUUGUGACUUUAAAGGAAGAAUUUUCCCGAGGGCGAGGUUUACAGGUUGGCGUAUUAAGUUGGAAAAGCGUUGAUGUUCUAUUGUUUUUAUGUGACGUCGAUAUAGUGUUUACAGUAGAUUUCUUAGAACGUUGCCGUGUCAAUACAGAGCCACGAAAACGUGUUUAUUAUCCAAUUGUGUUCAGUUUAUAUAACCCGAAUGUUGUGUAUAGUCUUCAAGACAUGACAAUACCAUCGGAGCGGGAACAGCUAGUCAUAUCAAGGAACACUGGUUUUUGGCGAGACUUCGGUUACGGCAUGACAUGCCAGUACAGAUCUGACUUCAAAGCAGUCAACGGUUUUGAUGAAUAUAUCUCAGGGUGGGGUGGGGAAGAUGUGUUUUUAUAUCAGAAAUAUGUGAGAACAGACUAUUUGGUGAUACGCGCCACGGAUCCGGGAUUAUUUCACCUGUGGCACGAGAAAACCUGUGAUCCUAAUCUAAAUUCGGAGCAGUACCGGAGCUGUAUACGAUCUAAGGCAUUAACGGAGGCAUCACAUGCUCAGUUAGGUCUGCUCGCAUUUAAAGAUGAAGUGAAUAUUCAUAAGAACCUCAGCAAAAAUCAAGUCGUACCACCUAUCGGUUCAAUGGAUGCACCGGACAGGAUGAAACAAUCUGAUCAGUAUCAAUCAGAAGAAUAAGGACCAAUCUAUUAAAAAUUUAGCUAUAAGCCCCCUGAAUUUAUGUAAUGGUCUAGUCCUGCCUUGAAUUUGGAACUGUCCAUUAGUGUUUUAAGGGAUUUCAAUAUCAAAAUAUUAGAUUGGAGCAGCCAUAAGUAUAGAGCUUUUCCGACUAUAUGGAUGUGCAUGUUGGCCUGCUGGUUCUAUACUGGUUGAUUAAAGUUAUUAUUAUUGUCUGUCAAUAGCACUUAAUAAUAGGUUUAAAACUGUAUUUCUUAUACUAUAGUAAUCAUGUAAACAAAAACAGAGAAAAGUCGAUUUUCAUGAAUUUAAGAGAAAAAUUCUUUUUGAAUGUCUGUGAAAUAAUUGUUUUAGGCGUUAUUGUGUUCAAGUAUUAAGGUUUAUAAUUACAUUUUUGAUGAAUGUGAAAUUCAUGCAUUUUACUUGCAUGAACUAAUCAUUUUUUGCGAGAACUAUAAAUAUUUUGUUCUUACAAUUUACGUACAGUACCAAGAUUACAACCUGUUCAUUGUGAAUUGAUGAGGUUUUUUGUAUAAGUUUUUAAAUAGCAUGAGAUACAAAUAGAAACAAAAACAAAUAUUAAGUCUGUUAUAGGAACAUGACAG